GCACUUUUGGGAACAGACAGUGAGUGAGCAGUUAGACAGACCUAAAGACAGCUUGUGAACAGCUCUCUCUGUCUCUGGGAGUCUGGCGUGAGACAGCAGAUCAUCUACAAGGUAGGACACCUUAUCCUCUCCCGGCACAUUUGUAUAUAAAGUGCCUCAAGUCAACAGCGCUUUCUCUUCUAAAGGAACCCCAACUCCAGGCAGCAGUUUCUGGAACUUCUUACCACCUGAGUGUGCAACAAUAUCAUUUCUCAAUAUGUGGUAAGGUAAAGGUAAAGGGACCCCUGACCAUUAGGUCCAGUCGUGGCUGACUCUGGGGUUGCGGCGCUCAUCUUGCCACAGCACCACCCGAGUUCCCAAAAUGUGGUAUAAUGGCUAAAAGAAAGACCUUCUCUUCCUAAAUGAAGUCUUUCUGGGGGCUUGCAAUGUUUCCUGAACUUGCAUCAGCUAAAACUUACAGAAUUCAAAAAGAAAGAAUAAACUUUUACUUGCUAGCUCCCCUAUAAGCCGCUUGGAGAGUGCUAUAGAGCAGGCUCAACAGGUUGUUUUGCAAUCUAGGAAAGGGUUAGAUGUGUCCCCACAUCCUUGUUGGAAGACUUGCCACAUCCUUGCUAGAUCAUUUAAAAGCCCUCAGCGAAGUGAGCUCCAGUCAUUAACCACAGAGAAGUCCUGCCAGCUUCCUGGAAUAGUCUGGGCACAGACAGCGCAAAUAAAAAUAAGUUUCUUUCUGGAAAACAAGGUAAGCUAUUACAAUGCGGGUAUAAGUGUUGAUUGCUGGAACAAUUGUUUGUGAAAUGCAAAGCAUCAUCUAUUGAACAUCUUGUACAGGAUCAUGUGAUGCAAGGAAUAUUUUGUGUGUUUUAUUUCAUUGCGGAAUGGGUUACACGGCUUCAAAGUCUGUAAAUGGUGAUGGCUGAAAUCCAAAGACUAACAGCAUACCAGAAUUUGGCUUUUUGAAUGUUUUGAACAUUUCUCAUUCACAAAUCUUGUGGCCCAGCACAAAUACCUUUACUUUCUGCAUAAACAUGUCUAAAUUUCAUCGAAAAUAAAAAUUAAAGGUUAUGCCUUUCAAAACACAUGUCAGGACGUGGUGAUCUGCCACCUGAAUGCUAUGCUGAUUGAAAAUGUGAGACUGGGAACAAGAUGGAGAUAGACUGAAAUUGCAGAGUUUUGAAAAACUAAAAAACAAAGUGCGAGACUGGCUUCAUUAUUUUCAGAUAAUGGAGGUAUUUAAAUUGGACAAGAAAAUUGGCUUCCAGGUGGAAAAAUCAAAAUUAGAAACUGAACUGUUAGAACCCAAAACUAAGAAUUUGUCAAGAAUGUAUAACUUGCUGCUGAAAUGGAACACUCAGGAUGAAACGGUAAAAUCGGCUAUGAUUAAAUGGGCACAAGACGUUGGACAUAACAUUAUGUUCGCUGACUGGGAACAGUUGUGGACCACAGGUCUGAAAUUUACGGCAUGUAAUGCCUUAAGAGAGAAUAUUAUGAAAAUGAUAUACAGGUGGUACAUAACUCCAGCCAAGCUUGCAAAAAUCUAUCAUUUGCCCGAUAAUAAAUGUUGGAAAUGUAAAGAAACUGAAGGUACAUUUUUCACCUUUGGUGGACGUGCCCAAAGAUUAAGGCUUUCUGGGAAAUGAUAUAUAAUGAAUUAAAAAGGUAUUCAAAUAUACCUUCCCCAAGAAACCAGAGGCCUUUCUCCUGGGCAUAGUCGGCCAAAUGGUGUUAAAAAGGGAUAGAACUUUCUUUAUGUACGCAACAACAGCAGCAAGAAUACUCAUCGCAAAGUAUUGGAAGACACAAGAGCUCCCCACACUGGAGGAAUGGCAGAUGAAACUGAUGGACUAUAUGGAACUGGCGGAAAUGACUGGUAGAAUCCGUGACCAGGGAGAAGAGUCAGUGGAGGAAGAUUGGAAGAAAUUCAAAGACUAUCUGCAGAAACAUUGCAAAAUUAAAGAAUGUUAGUGUGAUGUUGGAUUGAAAAUAAGUGGCUUCCAGCUGUACAGGAUUUAAGGCUAUAUAUAGAUUAAGAUUAAGGAUUAGGAUUAAAUAAAUUAAAGGAAAUGGAAAUCUGGCUUUUUAAGAAGUAAAAUUUAAUGUUAUAUUAUAUUAAGACUAAAGAUUGGGAUUAAAAUAGAGGGAAAGAAAUUGCUGGACAAACAAUUUGAACGGGAAUACAAAAGAGGGAGGUAUGAGGAGGUCCAGAAAAUAAGUAAAUUUAAAAAUGGAGAUGAAAAGGUGAUAUUGUUUUUAACUGUUUUCUUUUUGUCUUUUGUUUUUUGUUUCUUUUUUCUUUUUGGAUUAUGUAUUGUGUAUUUUUGAAUUGUGUAUUUCUUUUUUAUGUUUAAUCUUUUAUUGAUGUGUUUUUUUUUUAUUGGAAACCUUAAUAAAUAUCAUUUAAAAAAAGAAAAAAGAAAAUGUGAGACUGAUUCGUCACCUUAAAUCGUGAUCCCUGAUGAUUAAAGCAAGUCUCGACUUGCCAAACUGGGUACUUUUGGACUUUUUAUUGCCCCCAAAUUAAAAGUGUCCACAGCUGGAAAUCCUACACCCACCCUAGUUUUUAGCUCCCCCCUUGAUCUCCAUGAAAGUGCAAUACAUAAACUGAAUAAGUUGUGGAAGUGCUGCAAUUCUGUGAGUUGUUGUGCAAGGGCUAGCGGAAAACAUGUGGUGUGACCUAGUGCAUGUAUUCUGUUAGCAAGCUUCAUUAUGGAAGGCCUUAAAAAGAAAACAAAAAAAAGAGGCUGUGUGUUGGCUUGUGCGCCACUCGGAAACUGAACGCCUUGCGAGUCGAAUGUUUUGGCUCUCGAACGCUGCAAACCUGGAAGUGAGUGUUCCGGUUGCGAACGUUCUUUUGGAACCUGAACGUCCAACGUGGCUUACGCGGCUUCCGAUUGGCUGCAGGAGCUUCCUGCAGCCAAUCAGAAGCUGUGCCUUGGUUUCUGAACGUUUUGGAAGUCGAACGGACUUUCGGAACAGAUUCUGUUCGACUUCCGGGGUAUGACUGUACAAAAUAAAAUAUCCAUAUUGAGACAUUUCUCCGAAUAUCUAGACUUCCCACCUUCCCCUCCAUGGGUCCUAUUAUCAGAGUAGUCCUGAUCCCAAUCUCCCACUCAUAGUAGGAUUAACAGCUGGACAAAGUAUUACUUUUGGUUUUUAAUACUGCUUCCCCCCCAAAUUCCAUGAGUAUGAAAUAUAUAAUUGCCUUACAAACCUAAGAGAUAUACAGUUAAAUGCAUUAUAUCUAAUAGCUCCAUAAUUACUGCUUUGUUUCUUUUGUGUUGAUUCCAAUGUAACAAAAACAGUAACAACUUUCCCCCUAAAAGUUUAUUUUUUAUAUAAAUUUUUUAUUAACAAUUUCAACAUAACAAAAUAUCAAAACAUAUCAUAUUCAUUAUUUCCCUCUCCCCCCCCCCCACCUCCCCAUCAAACCCUCCCUGCUGAGACUUCCCUCAGCUCCUCUCUCUUAUUUCUCAACACAUAUUAUUCUCUGCGUACUGUAAAAUUGUAUAUAUCCUUACAUUAUCUGUCUACUAUGUUAACAAUGAAUAAAUUUGUGUAUGUUUAUUCAAAACCUGCCAAGGAGUCCAAUUCAUUUUGUUGUCUUUUUGAGUAAUUUGUAAAAAGUUCCCAUUCUUCUUUGAAGUCACAGUUGUGCUUAUCUCGCGGUUUGUAUGUCAAUUUAGCCAGUUCUGCAUAGUUCAUCAAUUUCUCUUGUCACUCUUCUUUUGUUGGGGUUUCCUCAUUCUUCCAUCCUUGUGCUAUCAAGACUCUUGCCGCUCUUGUAGCAUACAUAAAUAACUUUCCCCCUAAAAGUUUCUAUUGAUUGUAUUUUAAAAAAACAAAAACAAAUAUUUAUUAUAUUUCAUUUGUUUUUAUUUCUUUGCGGCCACCCUCAGUGAGAAGGAAGAGGUCCUGGCAGCUAUGUCUUUUUCUCUGGUCUCUUGGCUGAGCUUCCGGAACUUUCCAAUGAGAAGUGGUGUUCAGCCGACGCUGAAAGGUAAUGGCCAGAACUGCUGCUAUUCGUUUUAUCUCAGAACCUGUUGGAUAACAUAAGGCAAGACUGAAAGGGUCCAGAGGCUACUUAGCCGGACCUACAUUUGUAGAUUCGGGCCGCCAUCCAAGUCAGUCAGGCUUGGCUUAAACCCAAUGUCUUCUUUGGCAGGGCUGGUAAUAUAGAGGAAAUUACCUGUCAAGGAUGCUCUGAGGGCAAACACAGCAAAGACCGUAAAGCUCUCUGCAAAAUACUGAACAUCCUCUAUAAAGGACACAGAAGUAAACACCAUCACCUCCCCAUUGCAUCCUAGUUUAUUAUAAUUACCGUAUUUUUCGCCCUAUAGGACGCACUUUUUCCCCUCCAAAAAUGAAGGGGAAAUCUGUGUGUGUCCUAUGGGGCGAAUGCAGGCUUUCGCUGAAGCUUGGAGAGCGAGAGGGGUCGGUGCGCACUGACGCCUCUCGCUCUCCAGGCUUCAGGAAGCUAUCAGCAAGCCUGGGGAGCCCACGGGAGUUCCCGCAGGGCUCCCUAGGCUGCGGAUAGCAGCCUGCUUCCCAGAGCGCGGGGCGCGCUGGAAGCAGAGCGCCCCCGCUUCAGGCAGACAUCGGGCAGCGCCUCCCGGCUGUUCCUCGACCUGGUUUGGAGCCUGGCGCUGGGGAGAAGCGCCCUUCUCCCCAGCGCCAGCCCCACAAGCUCGGGGGACAGUGGGGAAGUGCAGCGCCGCCAUCCCGCUGUUCCCCGACCUGGUUUGGAUUCCCCGACCUGGUUUUGGGGGGGGAAUAAAGGGGAAAAAUUUCCUUUAUUUCCCCCCCAGAAAACUAGGUGCGUCCUAUGGGCCGGUGCGUCCUAUGGGACGAAAAAUACGGUAUUAUUACAUUUAUAUCCCACCUUUUCCUCACAGCCGCUCUGUGAGGUGCAUUAGGCUGAGUGAUAGUGACGGACCCAAGUUCACCCAGUGUGCUUUAUGGCCAAGUGGGGAUUUGAACCCUGGCCUCCCAGGUCCUAGUCCAAGACCCUAACCACUAGUCCAUGCUGGUUCUAUUUAUGGAAGCAUCUUGUUCUUGGUUUUAUUUUAUUUUCCCCUUUGUGCCUCCCUAGGAUUCUAUUGUAUCCUGUGGCUAAUGCUGUGCUUUCUGGCUGAGCAGAAAGGUGGUGGGAAAGUCCUGGCUUCACUACCAAGGGGAUGCUACCAAGGUAAACGAUGAGUAAAAUAAGACUGUGGGGCGAGGGUUGGAAUAAUAAUAAUAAUAAUAAUAAUAAUAAUAAUAAUUCAGCUUUCUAAAAGUCAUUCUGGCUGAAUUGAGAAAUACUGCCAGAAAAUCCCAGUGCAUUCAAAGCUGGCAAUGUUGUAAGGCACUUUGGGGCUUUGUGAGGGUUGCCAUAUUUCAAAAAGGUGAGAAUCUGGGCACAAAAGUUGUUGAGCUUCUUUUGACCAAGUUGAACUUUUGUGUGUGUGCAAAAUAUUAAAAAUAAGAAAAGUGAAGUUUUUGAGCUAUUUUAAAGGAAAUUCACCAUAAUAUAGGCUUUUGAAAUCGGUUGCCAUAUGUCCGGAUUUUCCCAGACAUUUCAGUGAUUGCUACCUGGACACUGUUCUGACUGCUAUGUCCAGGAAAUUCCAGAUGUAUGACAGCCCUAGCUGUGUUAAAUUCAGAGGUGGGGAUACAGCUACCCUCUAAAGGUUGGACUACAGUACAAGCCCCAUCAGCCCCAGCCAGCAUGUAGUCCAGCACAACUCGAAGGUCUCAGGUACAGCAUCUCUGGUGUAAUUGCUGAAGGGACCGUCAUAGAAAUGCGCUCUUGUGCGUACCCCAACCUCUGAGCGGCAAGAGACUCCAGGGGUGCCUGUGCUUACCCAGGCAGGGUUCAGUUUUCUUGGAAUGAGGGUCAAGAGAGAAUGUGGUUUCUUUAAGAUUUAUGGUUUUAUUUGCACAUAUAUACACAACCUGAGCAUAAGAUGGAGGGGCUCAAAGCAUCAGCACUCUACUGGUCUUGCCUGUGUAUUUGGUUCCCAGGGAGAUCCCCAAGCCAUAACUCUGGGUCCAGGGCAGAACAAGACAAGCUUCUAGCCAAAACUCUCAUGCACAAAUUAAGUCCCCAUUUCAAAGUGCUGUGUUUGUAUGUGUGUGUGCGCACACACACACACACAGACACAUACACACACACACACACACACACACACACACACACACUACAUCUGCCAAAGAAAGGAAAGAUGAUGGCUUACCCAGGAAGAGAGAUGGACUUGUUGAAACAAAGUUCCAUUUUGCUUAGCUUGCAUACACACUAUGCAUUAAAGCACAUUUCCCUUUCACCCCCUUAAAGAAUAAUGAAAAGUGUAAUUUGCUGAGGGUGCUGGAAAUUAUAGUGCUGUGAUGGGGCAAACUACCAUUCCCAGAAUUCCCAGUAUACCUGAAGGAGCAUCUCCACCCCCAUCAUUCACCAGACACUGAGGUCCAGAUCCAAUGGUCUUCUGGCAGUUCCCUCCCUGCGAGAAGUGAGGGUACAGGGAACCAGGCAGAGAGCCUUCUUGGGAGUGGCGCCCGCCCUGUGGAACGCCCUCCCAGCAGAUGUCAAAGAAAUAAACAACUAUCUGACGUUUAGAAGACACCUGAAGGCAGCCCUGUUUUUAGGGAAGUUUUUAAUGACUGAUGUUUUAAGGUAUUUUUAAUCUUUUGUUGGAAGCCGCCCAGAGUGGCUGGGGAAACCCAGCCAGAUGGGCGGUGUACAAAUUAUAAAUUAUUAUUAUUAUUAUUAUUAUUAUUAGAGGCAGGAUGUGCUUUAAAUGUACUUUAAAUAUAUGGUGUGUACACAGCCAGGGGUGGGGGGUGGGGAUUAGGCUUGGCCCAACCCUCCUCUGCAAGGACUUGGUUGGGCCCAUAACACUUUGAUGUUCUGUCUCCCCCCAGUUGCAGCUAAAGUGACCUUUAACCCGGACACUGCCCACCCAGCACUUGUUGUGUCUACAGACCGGAAGACUGUGACAUCGGAAGGUGUGGAGCACCCCGUGCCUCCUAACCCCAGGAGGUUCACUAAAAGCCCUGCCGUGUUGGGCUCUCCAGGGUUUAAAUCAGGGAAACAUUGCUGGGAAGUGGUGUACGGAAACCAGAGGGAAUGGGCGGUCGGGGUAGCGCGGGAGUCUGUGAAAAGGGAUGUCUACCUCUCCCUUACCCCAGAGGAGGGGAUUGUGCAGGAAGGUCUCUGGUGGCUUCGGCGUCGGCAAAGCGACCCCCAACCACCUCCCCAAGGCUCUGGAACCAUUGGGGUUCUUCUGGAUUGCGAUCAAGACACCGUGACUUUUUACAUGGCUGGUAAAGUCAUUAAGAAAGAUGUUCCCCGCAACGGAGAGGUCGUUUAUCCUUUCUUCUAUGUGGGUGGAGGUGUUUCACUCCGCCUGAACAACUUGAAAGAGUGA